AUGAAGACCGAAACUGCUCCCCAGUACCUCGCGGAGAGCAGGACGAACCCGGCCGAAGACAUUCGGAACAGCAGAAGUCUCAUUACUCCUCCGGCCGAGUUCAGCAACCAUCGAGACGAUUUCAACAUUGAUCAGGUUUUGUUGACUCUCGUCUUUAAACUUCAAGACGCCAAAACCGUUGGGUUCUCCCACGUCCUCAAGCUGUUCGAGGGUUUGGGAGUCCGGAUCGCUCACGUAGAAAGCAGAGCAACGCGAAACGGAAAGGCUGGGCCAGACGAUUUGGAUUUCUUCAUCCAGUGUGAGCUCCCCAGUGCUGGAAUUAACCCUCUGGUAAACUCGUUACGAAGAGUGGCCGAAGACGUCAGCACCAUCAGGGAGGAGAACGUCCCGUGGUUUCCCAGAAGAAUACGAGAUCUUGAUGGGUGUCAACGACUGGUGACCAAAUUCGAGCCCACCUUCGAUGAGGACCACCCUGGAUACCGGGAUCGGGAGUACAGAGAACGAAGAUCUCAGAUCGCUAGACUGGCUCUGAGCUAUAAACAGGGAGAAUCUUUGCCAAGGGUGGAAUACACAGCGGAGGAGACAGCAAUCUGGAAGGAGGUCUACACUAAGUUGACCACGUUGUACCCAAGUCAUGCCUGUAAGCAGUUUGUGGAUGCUUUCCAUAUGCUUGAGAAGCUCUGUGGAUACCGCGCCGACAACAUCCCUCAGCUUCAGGACGUCUCCACUUUCUUGCAAGAGAGGACAGGUUUCCGCUUGAGACCCGUCGCUGGCCUGCUGUCCACCAGGGAUUUCCUCGCCAGCCUGGCGUUCAGGGUAUUCCAGUGCACACAGUACAUUCGGCACCCGGCAUCACCGAUGCACUCUCCCGAACCAGACUGCUGCCAUGAAUUGUUGGGGCAUGUCCCCAUGUUGGCUGAUAAGGAAUUUGCACAGUUCUCCCAGGAACUCGGUCUUGCGUCGCUGGGAGCAUCUGAUGAAGAUAUCAAGAAACUAUCAACACUUUACUGGUUUACAAUUGAGUUUGGCCUCUGUAAGCAGAACGGAUCUCUGAAAGCCUAUGGAGCUGGUCUUCUCUCGUCCUACGGAGAGUUAAUGUACUCACUGUCCGGGAAGCCUCAGUACAAAUCCUUCGACCCCGAGGUGACCGCUCUCCAGAUCUAUCAGGACCAGACCUACCAGCCGGCCUACUUUGUAUCGGAGAGUUUCGAAGAUGCAAAAUCCAAACUCUGGAUGUAUGCCUCCAAAAUCAGGAGACCUUUCUCACUGCGCUAUGACCCACUGACCUGCAGUGUGGAGAUCCUGGACAAGCCACACAAGGUCAAGGAUGCACUGGCCCAGGUCAGGGAAGACCUGAGAAACCUUUGCUCUGCUCUCAAUAAACUUUCCUAA